AUGUCGGACGGAGUCAACUUCAUGCAAUUCCCGCCAUGGGAUCAAAUGAACUUUUCUAGCGACUGUAAAGUCUGGGGCAGCUGGCUGGGCGUCGUCCUGACACCAAACCCCUCGAGCCCAGGCGACUCCAUCGGUCCGGCCUUUACCACGAGUAUUGAGCUCUUCACCGCAGCGCUUCCCCUCAAUGCGACCAUUCCAAACAACACGACGCUUCGGGAGUAUCACAGUCAGAUUCUAGACUGGUACAUUUUUAACUCCUAUGCUCAGCCAGCAUCGGUCACUUAUGGCCCAUGGAACUUGACCUCGGAGUUCUUUACCAAUGCAUUGUUAUACCCCGUGCUCAAUUGCACUACCGAGUAUUGCCAGGCUAUGGCAAUGCAAGGAAAUCCGGAUUUAAUCGGGAUCGGUGUCUUUAUCUCGUAUAUCAUCGAAGCAGCGUUGUCAACCACCUUCUUGGCAGCAUUCACUGCGUGGCAUAUUCGUCAGUCCUUACGGUCCAGGAUGGGCGAGGGGCCUUCAUCAACGCAUCCCGGUGCGAAAAGUGACGCCCACGCGAUACAUGUCGGUUCAAAGAGGGUGUCUCUUGCCCAACGUACCAUCGAUUCUUUCCGGGGCUCCCUCAACUCUUUCCUAUCUUCCACAAUGCUUAUUAGCACCGCCAUGCUUUGCGCUUCACUGUACUUAUGCGUCAGCGGCAUGGGCAAUCAAGCGGUUCUCCCUGAUACUUCAGACCUUCCUUACCAUACCAGCGCCAUCUACGACAUGCUUCUCUCAUUCCGAGCCUCGUUCUUCUCCGUGCUCCCCGUGCUGUUACUAUACUCAUUGACGACUCCGGGUAUGGGCAGCCAGGGCGGGCUGACGAAAGACGGGUUGCAAGUGUGGAUGCGGCGAAUAGUGCUGAUCGUGAUUUGGAUCCUCAGCAUCGUUCUAACAUUUCUCUCGCCACGGGGAAACCCAGACUACAACGACCGUCAAAAUGACACUGCCUACGAUCCCUGCAACGUACGUGGCGGCCCGGUUUACUGGCAGAGUGCCGAAGAGUUCAAGGCCAUUAUUCUCGUUGCGCCCGCGGUUUGGAUGUUUAUCACGGCCUUUCUGGCGACGGGCUUUGGCAUUCCCGUUGUGGCAAAUAGUCGCUGGAUCCGUGGCUCUCGACCCCUCUGGAGGUUCGGUGUUGCGUGGGCCAUCUGUGGGACAAUGUGGGCCAUUCUUUUCUGCUUCUUUGCCCUAAGAUCCAAGAUCCUCCACAACGCCGGCAGUUCCGACUCAGAGAACGCUUGGAGUUUCGGCCAGGUCUUGGCACUAGUGACCUGGGUCCCGACUGUGACCGAGUUUUGCUAUAUUUUUAUUUGGGAGAGCCAUGAAACACACCUCCCGCCCGGAGUCAAUGGUCAGGGCCAGCAUUUGGCCAUACCAGCAUCGCACUGGUACAGCGUUGUCGAAUUGGACCCCUACUUGAUUGCACAUGAAUCAGCCUCGGAAGGGCUAUACCAGGAAGCGGGGCAUAUGACAGCGACAACGUUGCGGCCGAUCAAUCCCGAGGAGCAGUCCACGCCGCAUGUCUACCAUGAUAGUGGUGGGGGACUACCACGGACGCCGUGGCAGCAGUGGAGAGAGUAA